UCUCUCCGUCCCUUCCCCUCCCUCCCUCCAUCCACAACAUAAACCCUGUCUCCCCUCACCACCAGCCUCGCCACCCUUCAGCCUCUCCUUCCCCUCUCUCUGAGCAGGGAGGAGGCUCAACAGUAACAGAAGGGGGAGGACUGAUGGGAAGUAACAUGCCUCAGAGGAGGAAAUCCACCUCUUCCUCUCCUCACUCCCCUCUCCCUAGUGGCUCCCCAAACCCCAGCCCACACUUCCACAAGCACAAGCUGGAAGACAUCUUGGAGCAGUUUAAGAACUCAGGCAACAGCAGCACUAAUAAUCACCACCUCCUAAACUCUACUAACCCUUCUUUACUGACCAACCAAAGCAGUACCAACCCUCAUAUUCUCACCUUGAAGCCCUCAAAGAUUAUCAUGAGUCCCACUUCCAGUCCAGGGCAACCAGGUUUUGGGUUGAACUCUGCAGGCCCCUCUAGUUUACCUCUGGGCCCAUUUCUGAACCACCAUCAAAGCCAACAGGGCAAGCUGCCACACCCAGCUUCUUUCCCUGCGAGUAGCCUGCUCUCUGCGGCUGCUAAGGCUCAGCUAGCUAACCAGAUAACCCAGGGACCGAGCUCAAAUGCAGCCAGCAACCCAGUGAGCUUGCCCUCGUCUCUGGAGGUCUUGAAAGAGGCACAACAGCAGUCAUCAAAGGUAACAAACAGCACUUUACAAAACAGCCACCCUCCCUCCUUCAUUGCUUCUACUAGGCCUCCACAUCCCUCCCUUGCAGCAGCAUCUGCUGUCCUCUUUCCUCCAUCCCACUCUCUGGCCCAGUCCCUGGCCUCCUCUUUGCCCCACCUGCCUCCCACUACAGAGCGCAGUGUGUCACACAGGAAGAGGCAACGGCGAUCUCCCACAGUGCUCAGUAUGCUAAGAGACACCCAGCAGCUGGCUAAUGGGCAGCAGAAACCUCCACCAGGGGAUGCAGUUUCUGCUACAGUUAUCAACCUUUCCUCUGCUUCCUCUUCCUUCCCCUCCUCCUCGCACGCCUCCUCUACCUCAGCUGCCCAGAACCAGAAUGCUGUUAUGUUGGAAAAACAUCAUCAUCUCCUGCCUGGGCAGGUGUCCAGGCUCACUGCUUCUCGACAGACUGCACACAUUUCCAGGCCUCCGAGACAAAAUGAGGCUCUGGAUUUCACUACAGGCCUGACCCCUACACCUCUGGGCUUGGAUCCUCCAACCCAGCCUCUGUCUGCUCUGUUACACCUGCUCAGUGUGCAGAAUGCACAGGCCACAGCCUCCACAUCCAGCUCUCCUUCAGCUCAGCCUGGAUCUGUGUCUGUUGAUGGAGGUGGACACACUAAUAAACAGAGCCCCAGACUGUCACCCUCCUCUCCCACCUCUCAUUCUAAUGUCAGGCACCCACAGACUCAGUCACCCUGCUCAAACAAUGACACUAAUCCCCUACCCUCGGUGCUGCAGCCACUUUCUCCCCCUUCCACUUCCUGUCACAUUAGAUCAGUGCUGUCUCAUUUACACCCUCAGCCUACUACAUCAAGUCCUCUACAAAGACAUUCUCCUUCUUCAGCAGUGAUGCCCAGCUUAAAUUUUGCUUUACACAACAGCAGCAGCCCAUCUCAGCACAUGCCCCCAACUCCCUCAGACAAGCAUCAGCCAAGUGAGAAUCACAUCCCUACAAAUGACUCUGUUUCCCAGGCACCUUUGCAAGAAGCCUUAUCACAGGGCAGUGUGGCACUAGAGAUCGCUGGUAACAGCAUACCAACAUCAGCGGACAUGAGUAAUUCUCAAGGCAGUGUUUCUAUGGCGAUAGCAACCUCCCCGAAGCCUCUUGAUCUUAGCAACCAUGUUCUGGCCCUUCUUGCAGCAUCUUCCACUGUGCCACAGGUGGAGGGUAGCCCCUCCGACUGUACCACUGAUGCUGAGAUGUCUUCCCAAGGAAAUGACACUGCAGGAUCUGAGGAGCUUGGUUGUGUUGACCUGAAGGCCUCCACUGUGACCAAACUUCCAGCAGCUACAGGCCCUGGGCCCACCAUCUCCUCUUGUCCUGGGGAUAGUCCCCCUACCCCUUCACCUGUGGGCGACUCAACCACUCCCUUAGCUCUGGCAGAGGCCUUCCCCUUCAUGAACCAAGAGCAGCUACUUCAGCUGCUCUCAUCCACAGGAGGUCUGCCAUCUCUCUUGGACCCUACAGUCCUUGCCUCUUUGCCCAUAGGGGGGCUGUGGUUGGGAGGACAACAUGCACAGAUGCCCCCUACCAGUGCUACACCACACAGUCUUUCAGAGCAGCAACAAUCAGAGCAGCAGCAGUUACUGAUGCAACAACAAGAAACACAGCAGCAAAACCAGGAUCAUCAACUGAAGCAACAGCAGUUAAACCACAAUCCUCUGUUUUCCCUGUUGCCCUUGUUGAGUGGUGCCCAAGGGGAGUUGCCUCUGAACCUCCUGGGCCUCUUGAACCCACUUGCACCUACAGCCACAACCCCUACCCCAGGACAGGAAGCUGAUUUAGCACUAACAGAAAAACCUAACCUUCAAACUCUGCUUAUGGCUUCCUUGUUACUCGGGCAACAGCAGGGACCUUUGUUACCUCUGUCUGGCCUGGGUCAGCUGGGUCAGGUGAGCUUAGAAGUUCCUCUCCAGCAGCCACAGCAGAUCCCCACUAACCUAGAGGGCCUCAACCUGGAUAAGACCUCUGGCCUCCUGGAUCCAUCCACCUUGCAGGGUUCGGGUUUGGUGGAGGUCGCUCAGGGCCUUCUCCCCAUUCCUCCAGGAGCUGAAGGCUCUAUCCAAGCCCUGCAGUCUCUUCUCCUUCCUGCCACUCUUCCUCCUCCCCCUCCAGCCUUCCUGCCCCUCAGCCCUACCUUGCUCACUGCUGCCCUGAGCUCUGCUGAGCUCCACCCGCCUCCCCAUACCCAGUUAGCUCCUGCACAGCAAACCCAACAUACCCAACCUCAGGUACCUACUGAUGCUGGUGUCGACACCCUCAUACCCCUCUCUCUCCAAGGCAAGGACAACCCCAUCCUCCAACAGUUGUUGCCCACUCUGCUUAAUCCUGCUGUAUUAGGAGAUCUUUCUGGCAUCACAGGCCUUCAUAACAUGGUGGGGAUUGGUGCAGGUUCCAUCCUCCUGCCCCCAGUCCAGGCCUCUGCUUUGGGCAUGCCUCUGCUACAGGGCCCUGAUGGAGCCAUUAACUUGCUCAACAACAUACAGCUAAACCUUUCACCACCCUCAGAAGAAGAGAAGACAGUCUCUCUGCAGGAAACACAAAGCCCUGCCCUACAGGAAGACAUUCCUGCCAGUCAGAUUGUUCCUGAAGUGGUCCCCAGCCCUGCUCCUGCUCCUACCCAACAACCCAGCCCGCCUCCCCAGCGAGGAUCUGAGGGGAGGUCUGUUAUCGAUCCUUACACCUCGUUCAUGGACACAAUUUAUACCUCCUUCCUUCAGGUCAAUGCUAAAGAGCAGGAAGACGGGGCCCACUUGGGACCAUCUGACCCCACUUCACCCUUCUGUGCCUUACCGCCUGUUUCUUUCCCUGUGGAGCACCAUAAUCCGUCUGCCCCUGUUCCAACUCUGCCGCAGGCGAGUGCCCCAGUGUCACUCAGCCCACGCAGGGCCUGUUCCCUUCGCAAUCCAGAUUUAUCUCGACUCAGCCUGGAAGCAGCAGCCCAUUCCCCAGCCCAGGGGACACCCAAACCUACUGAGGAUGAGUCUGCAUCACCCUUACAAAGGAAACCAGUCAUGGUAGAGGGACAUACCCACCUAGAGCCUCCUCUGCCACCCAUAUACUUGGAGGAGGCUAAGACAGACUGCACUGGGCCUGCUGCAGCUGUGUGCCCAUUUGUAGAGGCAGUGGGGGACAGGCAGGAGCAUCUUUCAGAGUACCUCAGUCCCAGGGAUGGAUGCAGUGGUAGGCCCAGCGAGGAGUCAUUGCUGCACACUGAACAGGAAAGGGGCCAAAUAGGAGCAGUGGGUGGAGCCAGAAGAGGAAGGAAAAGGAAGCAAACGCUACAGAAUGUGUUACAAGACUUCAGAGACAUAGAUGUUGCAGCACUAGAGGAAACUAAGGCAACGACAGCACUGCUGAAGCCUGAGAGGUCAGUCCGUGGCAGGAGGCGACGAGGCACCAGGUCUCAGAGGCAGUGAUUGGUGGAGCGAGCUGUCAGUCAGUGCUGUUUACCAAUCAAGGGUGGCUAGACACCUCUUUCCCCCUCCAUCUCGCCACCAUCAUCACCACUGUCAAUUCAACUGCACUAAUAUUAUGCUGUUGUCAUGUCAAGCGUUGUUGUGACAACCACUGAAGCAAACAGGAGAGCGAUCUAGUCUGAAGAAUAAUUUAUAAAAGGUGGAAAAUAAUCGAAGAGAAAUUUUGUUGAUACAUUUUCACUUAGGUCUAGUUCACAAAGUAAUGGUUCCUUGACAGUGUCAUCAGAGAUCUGUUAAUAAUGGUUGGUGUUAGAAUUAUAUCAAUAAGAAAACAAAAAAUAAAGGAGUACUGUUUUCUUCUCAUCAGUGUGUAACUGUGAGUCAGGAUAAAGCCCCUCUACUUGAACGAUGCUCUUGUGCGUCCGUGUGGGUGUGUCUUUUUGUGUCUGAGUGCUUGUUGGACAGUAGUGCUGUUGCUGAGCCCAUCAUCGUCCAACUGUUAGUUGAAAUUGUUUUUUUUCCUUUUGUUUUUGUUUUAAUUAAAGAGUCUGUCUGUUAGUAAGAUAAAGGGCACUUUGCAAAGAUGCACAGUGGUUGUAUUUCAAGAAAUGUUUUGGAAGGCUUUCAGAAAGUGCUGAAAGAGAAUAUAACAGACUUGAGAUCCCACGCACCCCCCCCAUCCAAACCAAGGAAAAAAUGUGGUUCACGGAUCCUUUAUACAGUUUACAUCAACCAUUUCUGAGACAUAGAGAAAACACUUUUCUUUUUUAUCUCAAUCCCAUAUGUCCUGUGAGAUGUUCCUUUAAUGGUUUGUACAUCACAAAUAAUUUAACAAACUGAGAAAUUGUUUUAAAAUGAAGUUCUUUUCAUACAGCUCUUUGAAUCAGCAUCAUAACAGCAGAACAUGAAAAUUAUUACAAGUGAAUUGCUUUGGUGAUCCACUUGCAUUUCACGUGUUGUCACUACUUGUUGUGAAGAAUUCCAUGUAAUAAGUAUGAUGGUUAUAU